UCUUGAUGAUAUUUGUGUCAUCGUACUCCAUUGCUGUCUAUUCCAUCAUGCACCCAGUCUCCAAACCCGACAUAAGUCUUCUCCUUAACGUUCCCCGUAUCCCGUACUGGAACCUGUAUGGUGAACUUAACCUCGAAGAGAUCGAAAAGAAAGAGUGUACCUCCAACGUGAAUCUGUAUGAAAAUGGUGAUCAACCCCGCUGUCCUUCUGAGGAAGGAAAGAUUGUUGUUCCGAUCCUAAUGGGUAUUUACAUGCUGAUCGCAAACAUUCUACUAAUCAAUCUUCUCAUCGCUAUAUUCAGCAACACAUACCAGAACAUACAGGAAAAAGCGGACCUACACUGGCGCUUUCAGAAAUUCAGUUUAGUCUUCAACUACUCCUAUCGUACGGUGCUUCCUCCUCCAUUUAACGUCUUCAGUUAUGCGAUUCAAGUUUGUACGUGGAUCAAGCUGACACAACGACGGUUCAGAGAAGGAAUGUUUCGCUCAACAGCAUUGUUAAGUAAGGUAUCUCGGAAAGGUAGGCAAUUGACACAUUGGGAGAAAACAGUUGCUGCUGAGUACCUCCACCGAACAUCACACAAUACGGCAGGCGUAGGGUCCAGCGAAGUAAAGAGGGAGGCAACUUUGCAAGACACAUCGCGUAACCAAGACGACGCUUAUAACAUUAGGGAAGAACGAGAUGCUGAAACCAUUAAAGGGUUAGAAACACACGUCGCGUACCUUCAGGCAAAAGAAGGACAAGAUGCCGAAAAGAUCAAACGAUUGGAAGCUCAGAUCAAAUACCUUGAGGAACGAAGAGGAAACUGCUGAAAAUGCCAUGCGAUUGGGAGCAAACAUCAAGAAGCAAAGAGUUCGAACUCUGUAUAUAUGCCCGAAAAGUACUAUGGAUUGUUAUUAUCAUUUUUAUUACUGUAAAUAUUUUAUUUCAUAUUUUCUCUUUAAGCAUCGCAUAUCGAUAGAAGAUGCCGACACAAUCGGAAAGAAUGCAAGAUGUUUUUUUUUUUUUUUUUUUAAAGCCCGCGAAAACGGACAGACCAGUUUACGAUUGGGCUUGAGGUUGACUUUGCUUUCACCAAUAUGUUCAAUUUAGGUGAUUUUUCAAGGGUAAAAAUGUUCUCAACAAUUUGUGAUGGUCAGAUUUACUGAAAAAUGCAAGGCCGACACAUGUAUCUAUUUAUCCUAAUAUAUGCAAAUUUACACAUAUGCCGACAACAGCGAAUUUGAUUGAUUUGAGUCACAUUAUCAUACAAGUACGAGUUUUUCAAGACACGCCAUUUUAUGAAUAUGCUAAUUGUGUACACGUGUAAACGGCAGUGAUGCUGAUUGACACUGUGUCGACAAAGUGUGAAAGCUAAUCGAGACAUACCUAUGGACGGAUCGUCAAUGUCGCCAUCUUACUUCAAUGGGAACAAGAAAUCUAGACCGAGUUGUGUACGGGAAAUAAGUCUAAUGUAGAAAAAAAUGUUGCAAUCAUAAAUUAAUUAUGCACGCCUGAACGGCUAGCUCUCGUUUGCCGAGAACAGCAACAUGAACAUCGUGUUCGAUCUUUGUCCAUUGUUUACGUAGGAUGGAUAGAGCAAGGGCAGGUAAAUUACAAGAAAAAAGUAAUAUUUAGUCUGUGUUAAUCAAUAUUUUAUUUUUCAUUUUUUAUAUAUCUAUAUACAUGUAUAUCUAUAUAUCAAAGUAAGAAAUGAUACGAUACUUGCGGAAUCAACUAUAAUUUAUAUAUACGUAUAUAUAUUAUGUUUAUGUAUAUACGUAACAAAGGUCAGUUUUACUCAGUGCUCCGAUUGAAUUCGAGCCACGGAUGAUUGGUUUACCCGUUUGACGCCCAACCGAUCGAGCUGAAAAAGAAAAGUUCACUCUAGCCAAGUGGUGGUUUGUGGCUAGUAUUUCAUCAGGGUCCAUAUAUUUAUAUAUUGUUUCUGUUCGUGGCUCAGAAGUCGAUACGCGUCAAAAGCGAAUUCAUAUGUUUUAUGUUGCAUUCGUAUCAUGUUGGUAAGUUAUAAAGCUUAAGAUAACGGAAUAUAAUUAAAUUGAUAGGAAGGUUUGGCAUACCAACAUCAAACAUAAUGUUCCUUAAAAUGUUGCUGUGUUGAUCAAAGUGUCGGCAAGAUUACAGAAAAAUAAUUGCUUGGGAUACAUUUUUGUAACCUGUGGCCGGUAGAAAAUACUGUACGUUGACAUCUACAAUUAAAGCUGCAUUUUGAAAUUUUAAAAGAUAAAAUUAUGUGUGAUUUCACCAGUUUCCAUAUAUAAUGAAGAACAGACUUGAAAAUACAGAAAAGGUUUAAGAAAAACAGUUUUAUUUGUGAUUAAAAACAGCUUAUUUCUUUGUUCUUUUCCACGAUUACAUCAUAGUAAUGAUGUACCAAAGUAACAUUCACAAGAUGUCGUAACUACGAAGAAUUUAUGACGUAAUCACAUCCUAAUAAGCUAUAUUGCUCAGUUUACGAUGCUGUAAUAACGGCAUAGUAAGCUUUAUUGUUCAGAUAAUUAUGCGGUAAAUACGACGUUAACUAUAUUUCUCAGAUGAAUAUGCUGUAAAUAAGGCACAAUAAGCUUUAUUACAAUUUUGUUUUUAUUCUGUAUUUUCAUUUGUCGAGACAGAGUCACGUGUUCUGCGAUUUUUAUUGAUAUUGCAUUGUAAACCUGGUAAUUCGUCAUAUUGUACUGCUUUGUCCUAUUUCUAAUAAAAGUUAAUUUCUAUCUA